GGGGUUAUCCAAAGUCUGUUCUUUUGCGAAAUGUUUCUGUUGAGGCGGACAUCGUUGAUAUGAUAGCAGAAACAACGGUUUGUCAGACAUAUAAAAAUGUUGAAAAGAAUACGAUUGAAGCCAUUUAUAAAUUCCCACUUCAUGAAGCUGCAGCAGUAUGUGCAUUUGAAGCUGAAAUUGAUGGAAAAAAAAAAGUUAAAGGAAUAGUCAAAGAAGCAAAACAGGCAGCGCAGGAAUAUGACGAGGCUAUUCAGCAAGGUCAUGGGGCUUAUCUCUUGGAAGAACAACUCCCGGAUAUUUUCCAAUGCUCCGUUGGCAAUAUCACUACUGGUCAAACCGUUGUUAUUAAAAUCACAUACGUAACCGAACUUAAACAUGAUGCUGAAUCUGAAAAAAUUCGAUUUGUUUUUCCUACUGCCAUUGCUCCACGAUACGGUUCAUCGGGUUAUUCUCCUGCAAAUGAUGGGAAAAAACUUAUUCCUGAUAAAUUAUCUUAUUUAGGAAAGACUGUCGAUUAUUUAGAUCUUAAUAUUACAUGUAGAAUGACUUCUAAAAUUCAAAACAUUGAAUCACCUUCUCAUCAAAAAGAUUUUAUACUUGUUGUUAAAAGUCUUGAUCUCGAUAAGCCAAGGGCCUUUAUUGAAUAUGACCCUAAGAAAGAAACUAAUUGCGUUAUACUAACUUUAGUACCAAAGUUUACUAUUAAUGAAAUAAUGUCUGAAUUAAUUUUUGUGAUUGAUAGGUCUGGUUCAAUGGAGGGUGGACCUAUUAAGAAAGCAUCUGAGGCACUCCAAUUACUUCUUCGUUCAUUACCCGAAGAUUGUUUGUUUAAUGUGGUAUCAUUCGGAUCACGCUUUGAUUCUUUAUUUGAAAAGUGUCAACCUUAUUCUGAAGCAAGUUUUUCAAAAGCUCUCAAACAUGCACAAGGAAUGACUGCAAAUUACGGAGGAACU